AUGCCUCCCCAAAUUCGUCCCCUUAGUGACGGUAGCGUUAAGCCAUUCUUCCAUUGGUGCAUGCAUUGCCAAAGACUCUGCGCUGGAAGGUACAAGAGGGAAACCGAUCGUCCAUUCGAAAUAGAUUGUUACUUUAAUAGCAAAGGAUUCAUCCAUUGUCACCAAUGCUCGCACGACAACACAGCAUGCGAUUCAGUGGCACCUGGUAUGCUAGGAAAUGGAUGGGAUUACUCCCGAAUUCUCCGAUGGGCUACUCGUUAUUGGGACACGCAGGAGGGGAACGAGGAUGAGUACGAGUGGCCAGAGAACGUUCGCGCAAGUAUCGUCAGUGCUCUGAGAGAACUCAACAGCGCGUUCAACAAGACUGAAGAAGCCCAUCGGCGUGAACAUGCCUUGACAGGCGACAAUGAUGAUGUUAUGGCGACUUACCGCACCUUUGUCGAAAACCGUCGCCGACUGCCCGUCCAGCGUUCCCUUCCCAACGAGUAUGAUUGGGAGGAGGAUUGGGAUUGUUAUCAGUCUUCGAGGCUCUUGCGUCUCUUACCUGGGGACUCUGGGUAUGUGCUAUGGAUGGUGGCACUUCGGGUUUUUAGGGAGGCAGUUGAAGAUGCUAUCACCAGUUGCGCUGUCCUCCAUGGCUCAGGACGCAGGAUAAUAAAUGAAGAAUUGGAGUCGUUCCCGGUGGAGUGCGAGAAGAUUUGA